AUGAAAUCAGAAAUUAAACAUAAUUGUUAUUUGAUACUACAUCUUCUUGUUGGACAAGAACGUAACCCUCGAAUGUUCGAAGUCAAGAAAUUAUUCGGAUCUCCGUUCCCACGUUGGCGGUUGCCUCGGGUGACAAUCAGUGAUAUGCCCGGCUCUGACUACAAAUUGACGCAACCUAGUCCCAGGGGAAACAGCUGGACACAUUUAGUAUUGCAAGAACCAAGUAUUCCUCCAAUUACAACGAAGACAGAAUUACGUUCGCUUCCUUUUAAAUUGCAAAUUUGUUUAGCAAAAGUGGCUUCACAAGAUUGA